UGUAGGAAUGAUCCGCGCAUGCGUAAAUACGCCAUUUCCGGAUACGACAUGUAAUACAAAUACGCUGACCUCCUCAAUCGUCGGCAGAACAUACGAAACCAAUGAUUCCUAUAUGCCCUGUUGUAUCCUUCACCUAUGUGCCCGGCCGGCUUGGUGAGGAUGCCAAAAUGGCUACCGGCAAUUACUUUGGCUUUACCCACGGUGCUGCCGCACAGUAUAGUCAGCAGCCGACUGCCGGUGUAGCAUACACCCAUCCCACCACAGUGGCCAGUUAUACGGUCCAUCAAGCACCUGUGGCAGCUCACACUGUGGCAGCAGCGUAUGCUCCUACAGCAGCCACCGUUGCAGUCGCCAGGCCAGCACCCGUUGCUGUGGCUGCCGCUGCUACUGCUGCAGCGUACGGUGGCUACCAGCCUGCUCAUGCUGCUGCUGACUACGGCUAUACUCAGCGGCAGCCUGAAGUCCCUCCACCGCCUCCGCCUGUCACCUCACAGACCUACCAGGAUUCCUACUCCUAUGUGCGCUCCUCAGCUACUGCAGUAGCAUAUGACAGCAAGCAGUACUACCAGCAGCCAACUGCAAACGCAGCUGUGGCUGCUGCUGCUCAGCCCCAACCCACAGUAGCCGAGUCCUACUAUCAAACAGCCCCCAAAACAGGAUAUAGUCAGGGGGUAACAUCGUAUACCCAGACUCAGCAGACCCGUCAGGUGACCGUGAUAAAGCCAGCUGCUCCAAGUCCUGCUACAUCGUCAUUCUCCAUUUAUCCUGUGACCUCGACUGUCCAGCCUGUGGCUGCUGCAGCGUCUGUGGUCCCCACAUAUUCGCAGAGUCCAACUUACAGCACAAAUGCUGUCACCUACUCUGGAACCUCUUAUUCAGGAUAUGAAGCUGCAGUAUAUUCAGCAGCCUCAAGUUACUACCAGCAACAGCAGCAGCACCAGAAGCACGCAGUGGCUGCUGCGGCUGCUACUGCAGCAUGGACAGGGAACACUUUCACUAAGAAACCUCCCUUUCAGAAUAAGCAGGUCCGACCCAAGCAGCCACCAAAACCUCCCCAGAUCCACUAUUGUGAUGUCUGUAAGAUCAGCUGUGCGGGGCCUCAGACAUACAAGGAGCACUUGGAAGGCCAGAAGCACAAGAAGAAAGAAGCGGCUCUGAAGGUUUCACAGAACAGUAACAGCAGCAGUGGUAGUGGUGCUGGGUCAUUGGCUCGAAGUUCUCAAAAUCAACUUCGCUGUGAGCUUUGUGAUGUUUCAUGCACUGGUGCAGAUGCAUAUGCUGCCCAUAUCCGUGGAGCCAAACAUCAGAAGGUGGUGAAGCUUCAUACCAAACUUGGCAAGCCCAUUCCCUCGACUGAACCCAGCAUGGUGACCCAGAGCUCAUCCUCCGGCACGGCUGUCCCCAACAAAAGCAUCACAUCUACCUUGAACAACUCCUCAGGCAGCAGCUCUCUGGGUGUGGCUUCCUCCUCGUCCCCUGCUACAUCCAGCACCCCCUACCUAAAACCUGUCAGCCUAGUCAGCAAUGGUGCAAUGGGUGUCAAGAACCUGUUAGCCAGCAAUUUUUCCACUGCCAACUCUACCACACCUGGGAAGAAAAUCAACACACCCAAGAUCAAUUUUGUUGGUGGAAAUAAACUGCAUAUUACAUCAAAGUCUGAAGAGGGAAAAGCUGAGCUGACCAAGAUUAUGCCGACCUCCGGUGCUUCAGAUUCAAAAACAGAAGUUUCAGAUUCUCUGACAACAUCCGCACUGGCUGCACUGCAGAGUGACGUCCAGCCUGUUGGCCAUGACUAUGUUGAAGAGGUCCGAAACGAUGAAGGCAAAGUCAUCCGUUUCCAUUGCAAGCUCUGUGAAUGUAGUUUCAAUGACCCCAAUGCAAAGGAAAUGCACCUCAAGGGACGUAGACAUCGCCUGCAAUACAAGAAAAAGGUGAACCCAGACCUGCAGGUAGAAGUGAAGCCAAGCAUCCGAGCACGGAAGAUUCAAGAAGAGAAGAUGAGGAAACAGAUGCAAAAAGAGGAGUACUGGAGAAGACGAGAGGAAGAGGAACGCUGGAGAAUGGGAAUGCGACGAUAUGAGGAGGACAUGUACUGGAGACGUAUGGAGGAAGAACAUCAUUGGGAUGAGCGACGUCGUGGACCAGAUGGAGGGUACCAACCUGGUCCUCCAGGUCUACUCGGAGUUCGCCCUGGCAUUCCAGGAUUACAACCUCAGGGUCAUGGGCCUCCACGUCGUCCUGACUCCUCGGAUGACCGCUAUGUCAUGACCAAGCAUGCCUCCAUCUACCCCUCAGAAGAAGAGCUGCAGUCUAUUCAGAAAAUUGUCUCGAUCACAGAGCGUGCCCUCAAGCUGGUGUCAGACAUAAUAACAGAUGAGAACAUGGCCAAGGAAGAAGACAAAGACGAGAAAGAUGCAUCUAAGGAAAAGUGUGAUAUCAAUGACAGGUCCCUGAAGGGCGUGAUGAGGGUGGGUGUCCUUGCAAAAGGCUUGCUUCUUCGUGGGGACAAGAAUGUCAACCUGGUCCUGCUCUGCUCAGAGAAGCCCACCAAGAAUCUCCUUUCGCGUAUUGUGGAGCUCCUCCCCAAACAAUUAACAGUAGUGACGCCUGAAAAAUACGAUAUUAAGGGAUCUCUGCAGGAAGCGGCCAUCAUUCUUACGUCCUGCACAGAGCCAAAGAUGCAAGUGACCAUUACUUUGACGUCCCCCGUCAUCAGAGAGGAGAACGGCCUAGAAGGAGAUGUAACCUUGGGUACGGUGAAAGACCCAGCGGACGUCUUGGACAGGCAAAAAUGCCUUGACGCUCUGGCUGCUCUGCGCCACGCUAAGUGGUUCCAGGCUAGAGCCAACGGACUCCAGUCGUGUGUGAUCAUCAUUCGAAUACUGCGAGACCUCUGUCAGCGAGUUCCAACCUGGUCAGCCUUCCCAGGAUGGGCCAUGGAGCUGCUGGUGGAAAAAGCCAUCAGCAGUGCUUCAGCCACACUCAGCCCUGGUGAUGCACUGAGGCGCGUCUUUGAAUGUAUCUCAUCUGGGAUUUUGCUCACUGGUGGACCCGGACUGAUGGAUCCCUGUGAGAAAAGUGUGUUUGAUACCCUCACAGCCAUGGGGAAGCAGCAGAGGGAGGACAUAACCUUAAGUGCCCAAUUCGCCCUCAGGCUGUUGGCGUUCCGUCACAUUCACAAGAUUUUGGGUAUGGACCCCGUGCCGCAGACCAACCCUCGUUUCAACACGAACAGCAGCCGCAAGCGUCGCCAUGACAACAGUGAUGGAGCAGACAGCUUUGAGGGUGAAGGCAAAAAGGAUAAGAAGGAUUUUGAUAUUGUUUAGGUGUCGCUGUACGAUCCUGGAAACAAAAGAAAAAAAAAUACUUAGACGUAUUUAAAAAGGGGUCCACCAGUGUGUGUUUGUGUUUGUGUGUGCUUUUUGUUGUUGCUGUUGUUUAGUUUUGAAGAUACACAUGCUUAAGUGAAUAUCAGACAAAGUAACACAACUGUGUAUGGUUUUUAGAUUUGUAAUGGCUGGCUCCCAACUACAAGAUAUGUAGUGUUUUCUUUUAACCCAAAUAGUGAAAUGAUUCUGCUGUCAAGUGUUUGCUUCCCAAACAUGGACUGCUGCUUCCCUUCUGAGCAGGAGAGCCAGAGAAAGGUUGAAUUGUGUCGUGCAGCGCCUUUCCAUUCAUGUGUAAAGUAGCAUUCCAGGGUGGACCUUGUUGUUCUUGCUAUUGUCACGCAUCACCUGAAAACUCUUAUUUUUGAGUUGGAAUGUUAGAUACUUCAAUUUUGUCUGCUUAGUAGUCAGCCAAUAAUAACUAACACUAGUUUUCUUUUAUAAUAUGAACUAUUAUUAUAUUAAGUCAAACCACAUUGCUUAGAAAGCAUGGCUGUUUUCAUUCAUUGCAUCCUGGUGACAGUAGGUGCUACUUGGACGACUGGAAAGUAAUAAGGAAUGAUCUCUUUAUGAGUAGCUGAAUAAACUCAUUUCCACAUUAAA